AUGGCCACAUCAUCGUCUAAUCUUGCUUCUUCUAAUCCUCCCCCCUUUACCAACACACGUCCAUCUCACCCUAUCAGUGAUAGCUCAGGAAGUCGCGGGCGAAUCAUCUUUCUACCACGACGGCAUGUACGCGUACGCCAUCGAACAUCCACAAGUCAACGCCACGGCCGACAGCGAUUUUCUUUCCCAGUUCAUAUCACAUCGUAUUCAAGCUCGUCUGAUGGAUCACCCGAGAACGCCAUUGAGCCACCUGGAGCCACUGAGAGAAAUUCAACAGGCGAUCCAGUGACCGACAACCAAGUUCGGUUGGGUAAAGAUACGCAGUCUAGACCUGGAAUAUUUUCCAGUCCUGGCCAUACCUCGGAGGUUAGUCCGAUGAUCACGAAGAACAGACACAAGCCUGUUAGUUCGCUGCACAUGUCUGAGACGGAUGUUUUAACACCCCCAAGAAGAGUCUCGUCCUCAUCCUUCAGAGGCCAUCCUAAAACGACAGAGACGCAUAGAUAUGUGACACCAUCGCGAGUCCCUGACGCAGAUGUCGUUGCGGGUACUUCCACAACAAAAAACGACCCCAGCCUGGACAAUGAACUUGUGGAAGCUAUUUCGAGAAAUAUCGCACAACAACUACACUUGCUAACGAUCAAGGAUGAAUCCUCACGGGCAAAGCACAACCAGAAGGAAGCGGCACCACCAAUAUCAGAUAGCCUUGAAAAUGAGUCAAGGACUACAAGUCAAAGAGAAGCACUCGAUCAUUUCACCCAAGAGCUUCAGCAGUACGCUGAGCAGUCAGGCGCCAAAGGAAAGCUGCCAGUCUUAACCCCAACACCGCCUAGGUCUGGUGCAAGUCUCCGGACGAUAGCUGCACUUCUCCCCUUCCGUUCCGAAUUCAAGGCUGCUGGGCUAGCUAUUACUUCAAAAGAUCAAUCAAACCAGCAAUUCUACCCUGGUUUUCUUAAGUAUCGAACUACGACAACCCCGGACUUAAAAUUACUCUCCAAGCAACCGCAUCUUGGCCAAGUGGAUAGUGCCAUCCGAUGUCCAAGCUCGAGUACAGAGAUUCCUUUUCCCGCUGCUGAGGACAUGGACGAAUGGCGAUAUGCAUUGGUCGAUAAUGACGAGCGCUCACGAAAGAGAACUACAGCUGCAGACCAAGCACCUAGGACUCACUGCAAUUCAUGCCAGUCUGGGAAUUUGUGCCAUUGUAGUGGCAUGUCGAAAAGAUCAACUGCUCCGCAUGGCGCUGGUCCAUCCUUGAAUAAUCGUCGAUCUCGUGUAGAAAGCGGCACUCGUACACACGUAUCAGGUUUAACAAAAGUCAGCCAGGGCCAGAGCCCAGGCACCAGAUCAGUCAGACCGUCAAAAAGCCUUAACCAGCCCGUUUUAGCACACAACAUUCUGGGACGCUCCCAUAGCCUGAGCGCCGACAUAGUUGUCCCUCAACGUGUACAGUCGGCCAACCGAUACGAAAAGCCUUUACCAGAGCCACCUCACCCUGGAUCGACAACAAGCUCCAUGGGAGAAGAUUGCAGGCUGUCUACUGAGGCUGAUACCUUGCCAUUCACGCCAGAGAAGGCUUCCCGCGACAAAGGCAAGGGAAACACGCCACAAGAUAAAGAGGACAAUCAUUACGGUUCUUCGAUUUCACCUAAUCACGUCACCGUUUGUUCAAGGGGGUUUUCCGGACACAAGAUCGGCCGGCCGAACGUCCCAAAAAGAAUGUCAUCGAUUCGAAGCCUUCAAACGAAAACUCGAGAAUAUGACCAAGGAGAAAUCCUAGACCGAGAUGUACUAAGAGGGUUACAUAUCGCAGCUUCAGCAGCUUGCAAUGAGCAAAUCGAUGCCUUCAUACGCGAGAAGACUGGUCUGCACAUCCGGCGGUUCUUAUCUGACCUCAUGCCACUUGAGAAUCUGGGCAAUAAUCCGGCUCGAGAUGUAAAAGAGAGAAGAGCCAAAAGAAGGAAAGCAGAAAUUAGAGAGGUGAAGCGGCGAGUAAGGAGGUCUCGACAGGCACGAGGACCAGCCAUGCUCUGA